AUGCCACACUGGGUAGUGAAGUCAAUGAAAGCAUUGGACAUGUACUCACCACCUUUGUCGUCCCUCAGAGUCUUGAGUUUUCGCUCAGAAUCAAGUCGAUAUCAGCCUACUGAGAGACCAGAAGAGAUCAGACUAGAGUCCAGAUACCUAGAGUCCAGAACAAGCCACAAUCAAAGAGGAGGUCAGGAAGUCAUACUGCAGCUGCAAGUAGUUAAAGGCAGCGCUACAGUUAUAUCAAGGCCACUAUAUCAAUUAUGGUUAAUAACUGGUGCACUAUCAAAAAGGUUUGAUAGUGCGCCUGAGUUGUUGAUAGCUGGUGUGCCUUACAGGGACUGGUGCCUCCAACUUUGGGCUCUGGGGUUUUGGUGGUCUGCACUUGAUGUGCCUGUUAUGUUUUACAUUGCUUCAUUUACUGUAGAGUGCAAGGCUAGGAUGGAGAGGGCCCCUCCAUUCCUGUCUUGCAUUAUUUACCUUAGUCUUUUCUAUCUUGGUUUUUUCAACUCGGACUGCAUAUUCUGGACAUGCAACUUUUAA